UGUGUCAUCGGCCAUUAGCAAGUAAAGCCUGCUGCCACAAGCCGGAAUCGAAUAAAAGAAGCUGGACAGAAUGGCUUCAGCUAAAAAAAGGACUUCUGAUUCACUCGUGGGGUACAACAAACAUCAGAGAACAAAGACCAGCAAAGAGCUGGUUGGUUUCUGCUGCUUUUGCGGUGUUCUGGUGUGCAAUGUGUUCCUAGUCAAUGGUGCCAAUACUGUCAUAGACGGCAUCCUUGUCUCGGAGUCCAGGUUCUAUCUUCAGCAGGGAAAGUCCCAGCGCAUAUCGUGCAUGAGUCUGGCCAACGGUACAGAUGCUGAGGCGAUCGCAUGGUACAAGGUGCCUCAGAUUCCGGACGGGGCGCUCGAGUCGACCCUGCUGGUUCUCGUCACAAAGGACGGUGACAACUUCAGUGCAGCGGCUCGCUACCAGUUGGCGCCAGACUUGAGCCUCGUCAUCAAAUCAGUGGUCGGCGAAGACGGGGGGACGUACCAGUGUAAAAAAGGGGCAUCAGUUGAGGCAAAUGAUAGAGAAAACAACGUAGAAGUCGUCGUGAUAGAUGAUCUGUUCCCAACUGAACGUGGUACAAUUAAAGAUGGGAACAAUGUCACAAUACUGAGGGACGAACGGGAACCCAAAAUCUUCUGCCCAAUCAAAAGAGCCUCUUCUCUUAGCAAGCCAACCUUAUACUGGUCUAAAGAAAUCACUGGACCAGAUGGACAGACAGUGAUAACGGCACAAGUGUUUUCUGACGGGGAAGUUUCUUAUGCCGAGGGAUAUAAGGUUGAUUCUAAUAAUGAUUUGAUUCUCCAAUCGAUACCUUCUGAAAAGUCUCUUGGUUUCUGGUGUCACGUGUCUUCAACACCCGACAGUUUCUAUCUUCAGAGUUCGAGGGUUUCUAUACAAAUCACAGGCAUGACAGAUUCGGGUAAUCUAGGGACAAUCAUCGGCAUCUGUGUGGCAGUCAUCUUGAUAUGGCUUGUAAUCUUCAUCGUUUUUCUUGUCUGGUGGAAGUGUUUCACAAAACAGAGACGCUACAAGCGUUGGCUGGAAAACCCAAAAGGUCCAAAAGUUGACUCUGGUUCUCAAGAUCAGUGGAUUCUUGAUUUCUUUUUGGGCCAAAAAGGAAAAAAGCCGGGAUAUGACUUCUUCUCGUUGAAGAGCGUCGCCGUUUUCAACAAUUCGUACGUGGCUGUUCUGGAUAGCAGUGGUUUACACACAUUCUCACCGGAUUUUACUCCGGCGGACCAUAAGACCAAUCUUCGUCAUGAAUCCGGAAAAUACAUCACUAUGGUAACCCAUCAUGACGGUUGUCGUCUGCUUCUUGGUACUACACAUGGAGACAUUACCAUCGUAAGUUUCAAACCUUUGCGUGAGGACCUUUUUUGUUCACUUUCCACGGACGAGAAAACAGAAAAGUUGAAGUCUGCUCAAGAAAAGGCCGGAUCAACCAAGAAGACAGCCGCCUCUAGCAAUUGUGAGGAGGUCCCUCUAAUCAGCAAAAGUCAUGAACUCACCGACCUGGCGGUUGACAAAAGUGGCAACCUAUACGCAGGGGACGGCAUUGAUAACUCCAUCGUUAUGUUUGAUUCACAAGGACAAAAGAUGAGGUCUAUCCAGCUCAAGUUUUCCCCUGCAAUACUUGCUGGGGGUUCAGCAGGUGAGAUCUUUGUAUACAAAAGCGAUAAUCAGAGCUCAGUAAAACUGAUCAAGGUUACUGAAAAGCAAAUAGACGAGAAGGAUUUCAUUGUGCAAAAUAUUUUAAAUCCAGUUCGUCUCUUUGUAAUCGAUUCGUUUGUAUUCAUUGUCAGUGACACUAAAUGUAACAGACAAUUUGAAAUUAUCCAGUAUGAUCUCAAUGGCAAUUUUCUUCGUCAGUUUGUCAAGCCAUGGCCCGGUAUUCGCGGGAUGUGUAUGUUCGAGUCUGGUCAGAGGCUUGCGUUAUAUGAUAGCUCCAUCGUCAGGAUUUAUCAGAAGGGUCCCCAAAACCAAAACGUUGUGAUGGAAGACGUGCUGUAGUCCAUGUUACAAGCUCCCGUCUCUUUAUGAGCCCCGAGCUGGACCAAGAGAGGGCAAAAAUUCCUAACAGCGGAGGCACCGUUAGGGGCAAAAGCACUUCGCCGCUUCGCGUUGCUACCACCAAAAUCAACCCUCCAUACUAUAGAAACGCAUCACGUGACCGUGUAAUAACAUUUGAUGAUUGCCCGCUGAAAAGGGAACGAACCAGGCCAUUCCCUUACUGGCAACUAAUUCAUUCCGGCAAAGUUUGAACUUUUAUACCACCCGUCGCUGCAGCACAUAAGGAUAUCAUUGGUGGAGAUCGGUGGUUAUGCAUACAAGACAGUUUAAUCGGGUCUGAUUGGUCAGGAGUCUGUGUACACGCGACGUGCCGCGUUCAUUGAAGGGUAUUCUAUUGGACAACUUUCAAAAGGAGUAUCCCAUAAAAUGGACGGGGUGGUUGGGGAAAAUGAAAGUAAAAAUCUAGAACCAAAUUGCAGGAAAUUCAUCAUAUAUGAACUGCUUUUGACCUUUCGAAUACAAAGGUAUUGAUGAAUGGGAGUAAAUAUGUGCUAAGAACGAACGCUGAUAUUGCCCUCGCCUCUAACUUGGGCAUUAGUCGCGUCCGUUCUCUUGAGACGGUCUUCAAUGUGCGUUUAAGACCGGCCAAGAAUAAAUCGCUGCAUGAAGUUGAUGUAUGCCUGGCGUAAAUUCAAAAAGCUGUCAUGUCUAAUGUACGUGUAGAUUGAAAACCUUCCAAUAGUAAAUUAACAAAAGUGCGUCAAAGAACAGUGUAUUAAGUUGAUAUAAUUACCGUACUGAUAUAAUUAAUUAAAGGAACCAGGAAAUGGAAAUAUUUUUAUAAAUUUCACCUUAAAAAACCCUUGAAAUUGUAUCUUUGGGU